UGUGAGGUCACGUGGUACGCGCACGGACGGCCAUGUUUCCGAAACACAAACAACAAGAGUAGAGAGACUAGCGAGCCAGCGGACGACCAGACACCGAUACGCAGCAGCGACCCAAAUACAUACACAACACAGAGCACGACUUUGUCCAAAGUACCAUUUUUUGUCGAAUGAACACGUUUUACAGAGAUACAAGCGACCCAUGCAUACACUUGAGUGGCUGUAAACACAUCGUGCACAUCGAGUUUCACAGCUGAAAACAGUGAGGGAAAAAAGCACUAAAGUCUGAGGACGAGGAAGAGGGUUACCGGAAGGUUCUCUCUAUCCACAAUUCAGUUGGAGGGAGAGAAGGACAUUCAAAGGAAGAGAGAGAGAGAAAGGAAGGCGAGAAAGUCGCGCCUGCUAUUGGCAGCUGUUUCAGCAGCCUGAUUUCUUGUGGCUGUCAUAUUCGUUUCUUGUGUUACGUUAUUUUUUUUUGAUGAAUCAGUUUGUAUUUUUAACUUCAAAGUGAUAAAACUGCUGUUGUCAAACAAAAAAAAGAAAAAAAAUACAAUUAAUGCUAUCGAGAGUGUUUUAUUUUUCCAACAUUCAAUUCCAAGGAUUUUUUUUGAGUUUUUUUUUUUUUUUCUUCGUAUUCGUUUUAACAAUCUUUUUGGGCUGUAGUAGUUGUAAGUAGCAGGAGCUUCCGAACUCCAAAACUCAACGUCAACUCCUCUUCCUUACCUGACUGUAAGACCGGACAACCUGGUAUUCCUCAAACACCUGCAACCUGGCAGCUAUUCGUUUUGUGUCUGUGUGUUUGGGGAGCGAGUUCACCACAGCUAAAGCACCACUCAGCCUUCUAGUCACCUAAGCCUAACUCAAGCCAGCGAUCCCUAGCCUGGUCCAGCCUGCUCGGACCACCUGGACAGGAUACUCAAUUCUGUGCGGACGUGAGGAAUAUGACUGCUGAGACUCUUAACUUCGGCCCAGAAUGGCUUCGUGCACUGUCCAGUGGGGGGAGUGUGACAUCUCCCCCUCCUUCCCCCGCCAUGCCAAAGUACAAGCUGGCCGAGUACCGCUACGGCCGCGAGGAGAUGCUAGCACUUUAUAUCAAAGACAACAAGGUCCCCGAGGACAUGCAGGAUAAGGAGUUUGCUGCUAUUCUGCAAGAAGAACCCAUGCAGCCGCUGGCACUGGUGCCCCUCACCGAGGAGGAGCAGAGGAACUUCUCCAUGUCUGUGAACAGCGUGGCGGUGCUGAGGCUCAUGGGUAAAGGAGUGGGAGGCCCCGCCCCGGCCGGUGUGGUCCGGGGCCGAGGGGCCGCGAGAGGCGGUCGAGGUCGUGGGCGCGGAGAAGGCGGGUUCUACCAAAGAAGUAUUGAGGAGCCGGAGUUGGGCUUCGGUCGCAGCGUCCGGGAGAUUCACCGCAGCCAGAGCUGGGACGACAGGGGCGAGCGCCGCUUCGAGAAGCCCCUGCGGCGCGAGGUGACGGGCCGGCCCGGCUUUGAGGAGGUGGCCGCCGUGGCCCCGGGGCCCGGCAGGAAGGAGCACACACGGGCCGACAGCGACAACUGGCGCACCCUGCGGGAGGAGCAGGCGGAGGACAGCAACUGGAGGAUGGGCGUCUGCCGCAGGGACGGAACUUUUGAUCUAACCCCAUCAGACGGAGGUCCUCGCUCAGCAGGCUGGCGGGACCACAGCGCCCCGGGCGAGAGUCGGCGCAGGAAGUUUGACUUUGACUUCCGGGACUCUGACGGGCGCGGCGGCGGUGGCGGCGGGCGGCGGCGAGCGGGCAGCGAGGGCAUGGAGGACGACCGGGACGGGCUCCCAGAGUGGUGCACAGACGAGGAGGAGGGAGACCUGGGCACCUUCGACUCCUCUGGAGCGUUCAUGCCCCUUAAGAAGGGAGGCAAGGACAUGAUCCUGGAGGAGGAGCUGGACUUCCAGGGCAUCGAGGAGGAAGAUGAGGAGGAGUUCCCAGCUGAGUCUGAGAGGCCCAACAACUCCGGCGGUGAUAAAGAUAAGGAGAGCAAGGAGACCGGGUUCGGCGACCACCAGGGUAAACGCUCCCCACCUUGCUCCUCCCCCCCGAACCACAUGAACCCCGACUCCAAGGCUGGCGGCGCAAGGAUGGUUGUCCAAGACAACCCCCAGCAAACAAACAACCUGCCCCACAAAGGCAGUAACAUGUUGAACGAUGCAGGUCCCGCGGGGUUGUCCAAGGUCCACGUGAGCCUCAGUAACAACGUGUCCAACAACGUCGGCCAUGCCCACGCCUCGGUCCUUCCCUCCCCCCCGCCCUCCUCUGCUGCUCCGCUCCUCCCUCCUGCAGGGGGAGACAUCGAGGACGACGAGGGCAUGAAGCACCUACAGCAGGAGGCGGAGAAGAUGGUGGCGUCGCUGCAGGACACGUCCCUGGAGGAAGAGUGCUUCACCCAGGCCCUGCAGCACCACCAGCACCACCACCACCAGCACCAGCAGCAGCAGCAGAGGCAGGAACAGCAGCAGCAGCAAGACGGCCGCAACACGGCCGACGCACUCCCACUGGGCCACGAGGCUGCCAAGAAGUGGUUCUACAAGGACCCCCAGGGGGAGAUCCAAGGCCCCUUCACCACCAUGGAGAUGUGCGAGUGGUUCCAGGCGGGCUACUUUACCAUGACGCUGCUGGUGAAGCGUGGCUGCGACGAGGGCUUCCAGCCCCUCGGCGACGUCAUCAAGAUGUGGGGCCGGGUGCCCUUCGUCCCGGGACCCUCGCCGCCCCCGCUGCUGGUGAGGCAGCCCCCUCCCCCCCAGCGCCCACAGGCCACACAGAGGAGCUCCUCUGUGACGGGUAACCUGGAGCAGGAGCGUCUGAAGAAGCAGCAGGAGCUGAUCUACCAGCAGAUCCAGCAACAGCAGCAGCUCUUCCAGCUCAUCAACAGGUGCAGUGAUCAGGGUAUGAUGCCUUCGAUGAACAGGUCGAUGUCAGUGCCAGAUACAGGGUCCAUGUGGGACAUGCAUACCUCAGCUUCUCAACCGUCGGGCGGAGAGGCCAGUCUUUGGGACUUAACAAUGAAUUCUUCUACUCAGGGUCCAACUCUCGAACAGCUUCAAAAGCAGGAGAGAAGAGAGGCUGAACUCAGGGCGAAGCGGGAGGAGGAGGAGCGCAAGCGACGGGAGGAGAAGAGGAGACAGGAGGAGCUAAAGAGGAGGGAAGAGGAGGACCUCUUCCGGCGCAAGCAGUGCCGACAGCAGCAGGAGCUCAUCAUGAAGUUACUCCAGCAGGCCCCCCUGCAGCAGGGCUCCGGCGCCGGGGGCUCGGGCUGGGGAGGGCCCUCCUCCUCUGGGAUGGCCAAGUCAGGAAAGCCCCCGGCUCUCACCUUGCUGGAGAUGCACCAGGAGGCCGAACGCAUACUGAAGCAGCAGCGGGUCCAGCAGCAGAGAGACAGGCACUCCGGCAUGCCCAUGGGCUCCUCCUCCAUGGGGGGCCAGUGGGCGGACGGCGUGGGCAUGUGGGGCGGCCCGGGGGGCAUGGACUCCAAGGCCCCCGGGGGAGGCUCUUCCGGCGGGAUGGGCAUGUGGGACGAGGCGGUGAAGAACCAGGGCAGUCUCCGUGGCAACAACAACAUGGGCAUGAAGAACAGCCGCAGCAGCCCGUCGCUCAGUGACCAGUACCUGAUGCGGCGCAAGCGGACGGAGGACGAGGACAAGCUGCUGAAGCUCCUCCAGGGCAUGAAGCCCCAGGACGGCUUCACCACCUGGUGCGAGCAGAUGCUGCACGCCCUCAACACCUCCACCAACAACUCCUCCUCCUCGCUGGAUGUGGCCACCAUCGUUGCGUACCUGAAGGAGGUGGAGUCGCCCUACGCUGUGCUGGACUUCAUCAGGUCCUACCUGGGCGACACCGUGGAAGCCAAAGAGUUUGCCAAACAGUUCCUGGAGCGCCGUGCCAAACAGAAAGCUAACCAACAGAGACAGCAGCAACAGUUAUCAAAGGAAGUUGCUGGAUUGAACAUGAACUUCCCACUGCAGGACUCCAUGCGCGGUAUGAACCCCGGCGCCCUGCAGUCCAUGUUCCAGAACACCCACAUGGGCAAGGCUGGUCUCUAUGACAACCAAGGAGGGAAGAUGAAGAAGAAACAGCCCAUGAUGCUGCAUUCUGACCCCAGCAUUUUAGGCUACUCAUUCCACAACACGGGCGAGUGUCUGAGCCUGAAUGAAAUGGAGAUGGAGGAUUACUGAGGCCGUGAGGCGCGCGGCGGCAGCAGCAGCAAUAGCUACCUGAGGCCUUCCUGUCUUUUAAUCAGACAAACCAGAUGACGAAUGUGCACUGCUGGGGGAC